CCGGGCAGCUCCCCCGCUCCCGCCCGGCUGGUGAGUUCCUGACCCACCUUCCCCAGGGCGGGCUCUCACUGAAGGGCCGCGGGAGGCCGGGACAGAGAGACGGGACAACGCUUCCCUUGCCUGGGGCCGCACUUGCUGUUUACAGUUGCUGUAGCUACCGCCGCAGCUCAACGGCUCCAGGCUGCUGCAGGGCUUGGCAGCUCCCCAGCAGGGCGAGGGGCUCUCGCUCCCCGCGGGGCCCCGGGACUGCAGAGAGUGGGACGGGCACAAGGUCAAGGUCCUGGCUGUAUAAUGCAGCGUCCUCCAGAGAGAGGGACUGCUGAUCGCCCGUUUUACGACACUAGGUAGUAGCAGGUGGAGGCUGCUCGGAAAGAGCCACUGCUGAGGUUACAGCGCAGUGGGCCUGCAAGCUUGGAAACUCCCUCCUUGGCCCAGGAGACGCGUCAGGCUUUAGGACUCAAGGGAAAGGCUGUUGCAGCCAGGGUCCAGGUAAAGAAAUUUGUUACCAAGUUCACAAGACUUCAGGUGUAUCUGAACACAGAGGGACUUGUACACACAUGGGUAGCGCCGCACUAGAGGAGAGUGGAUCGCUUUGCUGGUGUGUUUCAAGAUAUUGGCAGGCAACAGACGAAUGGUUGGAGUUCAGAAAGCGGGAUAUGGAAGCAGAUACUCUCAAAGAUGAAGACCAUAUGGCUGAGUGGACUGCCAAUGAUCCAGCAAGACUGGUGCCAUCUCCUAGCAAAAUCACUGAGAAGGCCAUGUGCUUUUUGCCCCCGGGCCAGAUAAACAGCACAAAUGGCUCAUUCAAUGAGCAGUUUACACCUUUCUGCUACUCUGCUGACAGCAGUAUGAUGGGCAGUAAUGGCAGCUCAUCAGAUAACAGGUUCCAUGGCCAAGCUUUUCAGGAUGCAAAACAACUCAAUUAUUUGGCCAGCUCUGCUCUUUUUCCUCAUUUGUUGGCAUCCAGCAUAACUCAGACUGGAAUUGUCCAGGGCAGUAAAAGUAGUGACUUGGAAACACUCAGUCCUGUUGCUGCUGCUCCUGCUCCUCAGAUAAGUCAGGAACCCGCAUGCUACAGAAACAUGGAACAGAGCCCAGGGCAGCAGGAAAUUGUGAUGAUGGAACAGAUGGAGCAGCUGCAAAGGCUGGUAACUGAACAACAGAAAAUCAUCACAUACUAUAACCCAGGCUUUUCAGUCUAUCCCAGCACCCCUUCCCAGCUCGUUGCCAUGGUGCCAACAGUUCCAAGAUUUCCUGCCACUUUGUUUCCUGUCCAGCUCCCUUUGGAAAACUCUUCACCAGUCCAGAACCACGGACAUUUACAAACCAGUCCAUCAAUAACGCAGACUUCCCUUCAGAGACGUUCCCCAGCGUCCUCACCCAACAAUAGCUGCUCAGAAACCUUAGGGGAGCACCUGCAACCUCCAAAUCCAGGGAAAGAGAUCGAGUCAUUAUCUCAAAGUGCUGGAAGCCCCACAAGAAAACUUUCCAGACAAGAUGCUCAAGAAGAGGAAAUCACAGCCAGCAAAGAUGAAAGCCCACUAAAGGAAGAGGCUUGUCCUAAUACUCUGCCUGCCAUUAAAGAAGAAGAGGGAGAGCAAACUGAUGAACAGAUUCCCCUUUCCCCUUUUGGCAUAAGGAUGGACGCAAGGACUAGAAACCUGGAAGACAGACCAAUCAGACCAGGAAUUGGUGUAAGACAGAAGACUUUUGAAGAAUUUGUUGAAGAACAACUUAAAGUAGAUUCUCAAAUAACAGAAAACCACCAGCAGAACUUCUUUGAGGCUAAAGUGACCCCUCGGAAAUCUUUCCUGAAACGUGGAGAAGGCAUUGCAAGGCUGGAAAAAAAUAAAGAGAACCUUGUGAAAGAACAAGCCAAACAUCCCAGAAGAGUUAGCUUUGAUUGCCAGAAUCUCUUCUCUUUGCCUCGCCAACAGGAUGCAGGAAAAUUACAGCUGGGGAAACAUUUAAAUCGUUUACAUCGACGGGCCAGCAGCCCCACGGUGUUGCUCUCUAAUGAGAAGAAUAUAAAUUGCACUGUGUCCAUGAGUGAAAUAAAGGCUCAGGUUGACAGUAAGGCAAGAGAUCCUGAGCAAUGCCCAGAAGAAAGAGGAGAAGGAGGUGGUGGAGAAGAGUGUGCAAAGGAGGAUCCUGCUGUACCACUGCAGAUGAACUGGGCUGAACUCCUGCAGCAGUGUCAGGAACAAAUUACUGAAAUGAAGCUACAAAUAGGUGAGAAAAAUAAAGCUCAAAGUACUGAUUCUCUAGGACAUUCAGACAAAGCAGACAAAAGUUCCAUGGAGUCUACAGUUCAAAAGGACCUAGAUAUUGUGGAUCAGCGUGUGAGGGGUAAUCUAACUCAGAGAGCAGAAAAGCCCUUGGAAAUCCUUCAAGAAGGUUCUAAGCUUCAGAAUUUAGAAGGAAGCCAAACCAAGCAGAUGGAUUGGAGCACAAGCCUCAAAUUCACACCAGAUGUGAAAGGAAUUAGCAGUUGCCACAAUGAAGAUUACAGUGUGAGCAAAAGCCCAGAGACCCAAAGAGGAACCAUCACUGGGUUUAAGAUGGUUAAUGACAGAAUAAUGAAAGUUACCCACGAAUCAACUCAAGGCAUGGACAGGAAAAAGAAUAUCACAUCUGUCAGCCACCAGCAAGAGUGGCAAAGCAAUAGAAGUGCUGCCAACAGGUUGAAUGCUCAACCUUUGUCUAGUGGGUCAGGCUGCACGUCCACUGACAGUGAGGAUGACCCCAAAUCUUACUGCACUCAGUCUCCCACAACGCACAUGCCUCAGAAAGGUCGCACAGACAAAAAUUUGGAUCUCUCUGAUGCUGAUUAUGCUACUGAUGAGCCCAGUGGAGCAGAAGAGCUGGCCCUGAAAAAGCACACCAAGCCACCUCCAAAGAAACUGGGUGCUCAAGAGAUAAAAGGCAAGCAGGAUCUCUCCCUCAGCACAAGCAGCAGUGAGUCUGGUAACAGGGCUGCCAGGCUGAAAGGAAACAAGACUUGCUCUUCUCUUCGAAAGUCUCCCUUUCGGUCCCUGAGAUCUGCGAGAGGUGGAAGAGAGCUUGAGCCAAGGAGUGAGAGUAAUGUUGGGGAUGUUAAAAAUGUAGAUCUGCAGUCAUCACCCUCCACAUGUGAUCUGGUGGCCAGCCUAUUCCCUGCGUUCAAAAGUAAAGAAACCCUUGCAGAGGAGAGGGCACAAAGAAAACCAGUUCUGGGUACGCUAGAAGCAGCUCAGAGAAGGCUUACUGACAAGUUAGAGGAAUUGGAAAAGGAAGUUGGUGUAUAUCAUGGAGAAACCCCUCUUCUAGCGAGGAUGAAAGAAGAACAAGAGAAAGCAAGGCAUUUUCUCAGAACACAAAUGGAUCAGCUUGAGACCAGCAAGGCUCAAGAACUUAAUUGCUUAGAAGAAUAUAAGACAGACCGCAUUCACACACCGCAGAAAGAAAAGGUUGAAUUUAAGAAGUAUGCAACAGCAGCUAGAGUCACUAGGGAGGAAGUCAAAUCAGAAGAAAUACAAAUGUUAAAACAGCAGAUUGCAGGGCUCCAGGAGGAGUUCAGGAGAAAUGAGUCCCACUGGCAUGCUGCCCAUGGCAAGCUAAAACAUCAGAUUGAGAUGCUGACCAAACAGAACCUGGACCUUCGGGAUGAGCUCAGAGUUUCAGAGCAUCAGAGGCUGGAAGCAGAAAAGAAAUCUAGAGCUGUGGAUUUCAUAAGCAGAAAAUCUGAAACCCCGGUACUGAAGGAUCUAUUGUCUGUAGGUGAUUGUGUUUCAGAAGCUAUUUUGAGAGGGACAUCGUCUCUGGCUAACCUAGAAGACAGGCCAUUGCGAAGUAGCCAUAAGAGUCGCAACACCACUCCGGUGGGGAGGAAAACUCCAGUGGAGAAACACCCCCCCAGAGAUGUGAAUAUGAAAGCAGUGCAAAGGACUGAGUCUUUGAAAUCAGUAAUCAGGGAACCCAGAGAAAAGACACCAUCUAAUCACUUUCAUAGCAGAAGUACGACACCCACUGGCAAGAGAACACCCCAUCAGGGAAGAUUAACACCCUUUGAGCCAGCGAAGGUUAUGCAUCAAUCAUCUCUUAAUGAACAAAGAACCUAUGGCAGGAAGUCACCUGUACUUCCCGUCUCACACUUGACUGUGUCUAAGGAAACCAACUCAUCAUCUUACAUAAAAGGCAGAUUUUCGUCCACCUCAGGUAGUUCAGAGGACACAGUCCUCUUUAGCAACCAGAACGAUGAUGUUUGUAGCCCUGAAUCCUGCAAUAACAAUGCAGAAACACAGGAGAAAGAGAAUCUGUGCCUUAAAAGGACUCAAAAAUCACUUAAACCUUGGGAUCAAACAGCCUCUGUGACACUCUCCAGGAGAAACAGCAUAAUCCCAAGUGGCAGAAAAACACCAGCAGGAAGUUUUUGUGCAUUACUGGAUGCUGAAGCAAAGACUUCUCCUCCAAAAUCAACAUUAUCCAGAAGAUCUUCACUAUAUGAAGAAAGCAAAAAGAGUGAUGAGGAGGUCCGAGAAAAAAUAGAGUAUGCAGAUGGCAAGGUAGAAGAGGUGCUUACUGAUGGCCGUCGAAUCAUUACUUUCCGCAACGGUACCAAGAAAGAGAUCAGUGCUGAUAAAAGGAUGACGGUGGUUACUUUUUUCAAUGGAGAUGUAAAGAAGGUCAUGCCGGAUCAGAGAGUGAUUUAUUAUUAUGCAGAUGCACAGACAACCCAUACCACUUAUCCAAAUGGCUUGGAGGUGCUGCAGUUCCCUAACAAUCAGAUAGAAAAACACCACCCAGAUGGCACCAAAGAAAUUGUGUUCCCAGAUCAGACAGUGAAACGCUUCUAUGAUGGUGGGCUUGAGGAAACGGUUUUUCCAGAUGGUACAGUAGUAAAAAUAGAAAAGAACGGCGAUAAAAUGGUGAUGUUCAGUAAUGGGCAGAAGGAGAUUCACACGUCACAGUUCAAGAGGAGGGAGUACCCCGAUGGCACUAUAAAGACUGUGUACUCCAGUGGCCAACAGGAAACAAAGUAUUCCUCUGGACGGGUUCGAAUCAAAGACGAAGAGGGCAACAUCAUCCUCAAUAAGAAGUGAUUCAUCUGCUCUAGGCGCAGUGUUGUAUGUAGGUUGUUCAAGCCAGUUUCUGGUUGAGAUUGGUUAUUAUUUUAUAGUGUAGAUAUCUGUAUCCCCUGGAAGUGCACAAGUCUGAUGUGAUUUGUUCCUUUUCCCUUUGCCUGCCUUUCUGUUCCUUGAAAGAAUUAGGGCCUGACUGUGAGUGGCGCUGAGCACCCACAACUCCUCUCAAAGUCAAUUAAGGAUCAGGCUCAUAACAAGUUGUGUUCUCUAAAAUCAUAAAUGAAUGCCACGUGUCUCAAGGAAAACCAGAAAUUGCAGUGUGGAGAACAUUUCACUUCUUCCCACCGGGUGUAAAGAAGAAGGGGAUGGACUAGGAGACUAAGCAUAUGAUAUGCCUAGAUAUGAUAAGCAUAUGAUAUGAUAUGGUCCACUUUGUCACGUGGACCAUAAGUUCACAUUCCAAGUAGAUAUGUAGGAUUGAAUUUUACUUGCAUUCACUGAAUUUUAGUUGAACUACAGCUUUCUGGGUGGGUGUUUCUUGAAUGAGGCUUCUAAAACUGCACUCACGUCUGCCCUGAAUAGACAUUAACCAACUAGGGUGACCAGAUAGCAACUGUGAAAAAACAGGACAGGGGGUGGAGGGUAAUAGGUGCCUAUAUAAGAAAAAGUCCCAAAAAACGGGACUGUCCCUUUAAAAAUGGGACAUUUGGUCACCCUAUAACCAACCCAUAGUACUUUCCUUUCCACCAGGUGUUUGCCUGAUGACCUUGCCCAAAAUUUCCCUUCCCCUUACUCGGGUGCUAGUUGGCUCCUCUGUCUACCCCAGAAGUGCCUGCAUUUCAAUGGUGUUGUAUGUAUACCCCAUAGCUGUAAGGCACUUUGAGAUCCUUUGGAAAGACACCAUAUAAAUGUAAAAAAUAUUGUUUUUAUUAUUCAGCAUGAUAGAUCCACCCAGACAUGCUGCAUUAAACAAAAUCAUUAAUGUGAACGCAGUUUAUUAAGUAAAAAUCUAAAGACCACGGUCCAGCUCCUCAGACUUCAAUAGAGCCAUGUUGAUUUACACUCCAUGAAGAUCUGGACUGAAGUCUUUAAUUUUAAAAAUAUUUCUUGUUGAUUGUCUCUGUCUCUCUCUCUCUAGCAUUAUUUAAUUUCUUUUGACUCCGCCACCCAAAAUACAUGUGUAAAGUCCUGCAGACUCCUAGCAAUCUACCUUUAUUCUUUCCUCACAUGCAAGUGUAAAAUAAUUGCAAGAUUAUGCAAUUGUUCAUUUUUCUGUUUUGUUUCUUGCAGCUCAGAAUACAAACAAAUUUGCAUUCAAAUUACUGUGCAGUCUGGAAAAUGUAGUCUGACUAGACAGAAAGUGUAUGAAACAAGUUAUUUCCCAUUAAUAUUGAUCACAGAUGACAGUGUGUAUAAAUGUAAUUACUCUUUUCUAAGCAUUUGAUAAUGAAUACUUUUUAAUGUGAUCAGGUGUGAUAACAUAGUUGUAGUUUUAUUCCUUUUACUCUCUAUGUGUAAAAUAAACUAUUUAGAAUUGUG